AUGUUUAUUUAAUAACCACCAUCUAGAUAACCAUAUUUACAACCAAAAUUGCCACUCUAAUAAUAAUUCCAUUAAAAUAAUUUUAUUUAACAAGUAAAAAACUAAUAGAAACUAAUUAGCAUUUUGCACCUUAAAUUAAACAAUAAUUUAUUGGUUAGAAUUAACAUAAACCAGAUUUGAUGUCCAGUAUUCCAUUUGCAAAAUCAAUUCAAUAUGAAGUUCCAAAAUAAAAUAAUCAAGUUUAAAAUAAUAAUUAAGAUCCAAAGUAUAUCUAAUGAUAUUCUUUUAGAAAACAUUCUUCAGAAAUGGUUUAAUUAAUUAAGGAAAGUUAAGAAUUAAAAAAAAAUAUAAGUGAAAAAGAUUAAGAAAUAUAAAAAUGCAAAUAAAAUAUAGAUAGAUUAGAAUAAUUAAUAGAUUACUUAGAAAAAUAAUCUAAAGAACCAUAAAAAGAGUGA